GAAAAAACCAAAGGUCCACACCUUAGUUACAGUGGACAUCCUCGCAUGCUAAAAUUCCCCCCUUUUAUCCUUGUCCGAAUUUUGUUUGCUAUAAGUAUACUCCCACACUCCCCUUCUACAACCUCCUCAUUUUCCCGGCCCUCUGUUUUCCUUGCUAAUCUGCUCCCAGUUUUUUUUCUUCCCAUUUUAUCCUUUUCUUCCUGUUUAUAUAUUUGUGUUUAUUACUCCGGUGGGGGGAGUAGUUAGGUUUCCGGUGAGAAUGGCGUUGCUGUCAGAACAGGGGACGGAGAUCGUGAUUCCGGUGUGCGCGGUCAUCGGCAUCAUCUUCUCGCUUGUGCAGUGGUACAUCGUGUCCAAAGUCAAGGUCUCGCCGGAGAGAAGCGGCGCCGCCGCAUCGCCGGCUGCAAACAACGGGAAGAACGGCGGCUACAACGACUACCUGAUUGAGGAGGAGGACGGAAUCGACGACCAAAACGUCGUCGCUAAGUGCGCCGAGAUCCAGAAUGCUAUCUCCGAGGGUGCAACAUCAUUCCUCUACACCGAGUACCAAUACGUGGGAAUCUUCAUGAUAGCUUUCGCGAUCCUCAUCUUCCUCUUCCUCGGUUCAGUCGAGGGUUUCAGCACAAAGAACCAGCCAUGCACGUAUAACAAAGAAACCCUCUGCAAACCAGCCCUCGCCACCGCCGUUUUCAGCACCGCCUCCUUUUUGCUUGGUGCAGUCACCUCGGUCAUAUCCGGUUUCCUAGGCAUGAAAAUCGCCACCUAUGCGAAUGCACGAACAACCCUUGAAGCCAGAAAAGGUGUCGGAAAGGCCUUCAUCGUUGCAUUCCGAUCCGGCGCUGUAAUGGGCUUUCUCCUAGCGGCAAACGGGCUUUUGGUUCUAUACAUCACCAUAAAUUUAUUCAAGAUUUACUACGGUGACGACUGGGAAGGGCUUUUCGAAGCUAUUACCGGAUACGGUCUCGGUGGGUCCUCCAUGGCUUUGUUCGGAAGAGUCGGUGGUGGGAUUUACACCAAGGCCGCUGAUGUUGGCGCUGACCUCGUCGGUAAGGUCGAGCGGAACAUUCCGGAAGAUGACCCCAGAAACCCUGCCGUGAUUGCGGAUAAUGUUGGAGACAACGUGGGAGAUAUUGCUGGAAUGGGGUCCGAUCUUUUCGGUUCGUACGCUGAGUCAUCGUGCGCGGCUCUUGUUGUGGCCUCGAUUUCGUCUUUUGGGUUGACUCACGAUUUCACCGCAAUGUGCUACCCUUUGCUUAUCAGCUCAAUGGGAAUCUUGGUUUGUUUGAUAACCACUCUUUUCGCUACCGACUUUUUCGAGAUCAAGGCUGUAAAAGAAAUCGAACCGGCAUUGAAGAAGCAGCUAAUCAUCUCCACUGUUCUUAUGACUGUCGGAGUUGCAAUCGUCACGUGGACUUGCCUGCCUUCUUCCUUCACAAUCUUCAAUUUCGGCGCUCAAAAAGUCGUCAAGAAUUGGGAACUAUUCCUCUGCGUUUGCGUCGGUCUUUGGGCUGGACUCAUUAUCGGGUUCGUCACUGAAUAUUACACAAGCAAUGCUUACAGUCCUGUGCAGGAUGUUGCUGAUUCAUGCAGAACCGGUGCUGCGACCAAUGUUAUAUUCGGUCUCGCGUUGGGUUACAAAUCAGUCAUAAUUCCGAUUUUCGCCAUCGCGGUUAGCAUAUUCGUCAGUUUCACAUUCGCCGCCAUGUACGGUAUUGCUGUAGCUGCUCUGGGUAUGCUGAGCACAAUCGCUACCGGCUUAGCUAUCGAUGCUUAUGGUCCGAUCAGCGAUAACGCUGGCGGCAUAGCUGAGAUGGCCGGUAUGAGCCACCGCAUUCGCGAGAGAACCGACGCUCUUGAUGCUGCCGGAAACACCACUGCCGCCAUCGGAAAGGGUUUUGCAAUUGGAUCAGCUGCACUCGUUUCAUUGGCACUCUUCGGAGCGUUUGUUAGCAGAGCGGAAAUCAAGACAGUUGAUGUGUUGACUCCGAAAGUCUUCAUCGGAUUAAUCGUCGGAGCGAUGCUGCCGUACUGGUUCUCAGCCAUGACGAUGAAGAGCGUGGGCAGUGCCGCCCUGAAGAUGGUGGAGGAAGUGAGGAGGCAGUUCAACACGAUUCCCGGUAUUAUGGAAGGUACCGCCAAACCGGAUUACGCCAGGUGUGUGAAGAUAUCGACUGAUGCUUCGAUUAAGGAGAUGAUUCCACCUGGCUGCCUAGUCAUGCUUACGCCUUUGAUUGUCGGAACCUUCUUUGGGGUCGAGACACUCGCUGGGGUUCUCGCCGGUGCCCUCGUUUCUGGCGUGCAGGUUGCGAUAUCUGCAUCGAACACUGGUGGUGCAUGGGACAAUGCCAAGAAAUACAUCGAGGCCGGUGCAUCGGAGCAUGCAAGAACACUCGGGCCAAAGGGAUCGGAACCGCACAAGGCUGCUGUUAUAGGUGACACAAUAGGGGACCCACUAAAGGACACUUCAGGCCCUUCGCUAAACAUCCUCAUCAAGCUAAUGGCAGUCGAGUCGCUCGUUUUUGCUCCUUUCUUCGCCACUCACGGUGGCCUUCUCUUUAAACUCUUCUGAUCAAUCAUCAAACAUGCUCUUCGUCUCUCGUUUUCUCUCCUACUUUUCCCAAUGUAAGAAGCAUCUUUCGCUCUGUUUUUUCGUGUCCAAUUUUCUCAAGUACGGGAAUUUUCUCUGUUUUUUUUUUUUUUAAGUUAGGUCGUAGCUAGCGAGAUUUUAAAUUUUGUUGAAUUGAUGAUGAUGAUGAUAAUUCUGUUGGUUAAAUUGAAUGAUGAUAAAAAAAUCUGCAUCCAUCACAAGUAUUAGUUUUUUGUCCUAAAAAGUCCCAUUUUUCUUACUUUUCUUUGUAAUGGUUUUGUUACAAGAACACUUUUUUAAUUGGCAA